AUGUCUGGAGACAUUCUGAUCCUUAUGACUGGAGGCAGAGGUGAUAUUGGCAUCAAGUGGGAGUGGGGAGAAGCCAGGGGUGCUGCUUUAGCAUCCGUGGUGCGCAGGACGGCCCCGCGGCAAAGCAGCACCUGGCCCGAGUGUCAGUGUGCCGAGGGCGAGAAACACUGGCUUACACAUAACCUGGCUUUCAGGGAGGGUGUGGGUGGGGCUGGAAAGUCAAGGGGAGGAAACCAUUUUAGAGGCCUGUCUUUCUUAGUCCUGGUUAGAGAGGAGGUUGGAGAAGGUGAAGCAUUUCCUUCUCAAUCUGAACAUACUCAUACUCACUGGAAAAUAUUCUUUGGUAUAUGUUUUUAA